AUGCUCGCCGACCCCGCUAAGUUCGAGGAGUGGGCCAGUAAUCUCUUCCGACAGGGCGCUGACCGACGCCGAGCUGCCAUCGACCUGGCCCGUCAGAGCGGCCGUCUCCCGCCUCCGCAAGCUCGCGCGCAGUCUCAGUCUCAGCACCGCAAGAUCCAGCUCUGGAACCCGAUCAGCAAACGCUCGGUGCUCACCCGCGCGAAGACGAGCGUCGGGGCAGUGACGGGGCCGGCCGAGAGAUUGCAGGAGUUCGUGGAACGCUGGCAGCCCGUCUUCCAAGGCAAGAACGCGGACGCUGCGAAGGCGGAGAGCUACCUUGACCACUUCGCGUCCAAGAUCGACUUCCACAGGUGCAAGCCCCCAGACUACGACGCGCUCAAGAGACUCGCGAGCAGCUUCGCAGCGAGGCUCAUCCACCAUCGCAACUUCGGCCACAACAUCUUCGAGCUGGACGUCGAGAGCGGCAUCGCGUCCGCCGACCCCGACGCCAUGGCCAAGCUGCCCGUGCUGGCGUCGCUGGACAUAGCGCAGGCUUUUCCAAGCUUCGCGCACCAGUUCAUCCGCCCCGCGCUGAAGGCCACGGGCGUUCCCGGGGCACUCCUGAACAUCUUCGACGCGGUGUGCCACGACGUCCUCGCGAUGGCCCCAUGCGCUAGCAAGUGCAUCCCGCUCUGCAUCCGAUCGGGCAUCGUCCAGGGCUGCGGGUGGAGUGGCACGCUCUACGCGAUGGGCAACGCUUGCUUCCUCCUCGACCUAGAGAAGACGCUCGAGCUCAGGGGCCCCGUAGACGACGAGCUCGCACUCAAGCUGCGCGACGCCCUGAUCGCGAUUUCGCCCUUCAGCCAGGAGUUCAGCAUCUGCGACCGCCUGACCAAUCUCGGGCCCCUCCUGGGCCCCAGGGCGACCGGGAGCCUGAUCUACGCGA